GAGUAGAGGAGAGCAAUACUAUUACGUACAAAGUGACCAGUCCCUCGCAAGAAAAUCUCAAAAUCUCGUUUAUCGGUCCAUCAAUUCACGGAUAUCAAGGAAUUUUUAUCUUUUUUGCAUUUCAAUUCAAUUUCUCCUUUUCAUUCCGAAUUUUUAACCUCAUUUCCUCUCCAUUAAUUUACUGUUUCUCGAUCUUUGCCUAUAUUUUUUAAUGGGCACUCCACUUCUUUGCUUCCUCUCCAGAGAGAGGGGGACGCCAAAAGGAAACCCUGCGAUUUCAUACCUUACGAUCUUCUUCAAUCUCUUAAUAUUAAAUCAAGCCCAUGGUUUAUAUUGGACUGGAUAACCACUUCAGCAUUGCCUAGUACUUCCGAGUUUCGGGACGCAGGGUUUCUGUUUUUUAUGGGUUGAGCCCGAGAAAUCAUGGGUAGCUUCAGUGACGAGGAUAAAGAAUUUCGAUUCUUUGAUGCAUCAGAGCACAUUGCAUCAGCUUCCCAGUCUGAUUCUGAUAAUGCUGGGGCUAAUAAUUGUGAAUAUGAUUUGUGGAUUGGGAGUCCUCAAAGUGUUAGGGAGCGUCGUAGGAAAUUCAUUAGACGGAUGGAAUUGAGCUUAGAUAGGUUAGAAGGAAACAAUUCCUUUGAUGUACAUAAUAAUGGUAAAUGUGGCGUGUUUAGGGAAGAUAUUGAUAGAAUAAUGGAAAGUAGUGAGUCCGUUCUAAGAAAUUCAAUUUUUGAAGAUGAAUUUUCUUCUAGUCAUUCUUGUGUAUCAAGUUGGUCCACUGGUGUUUUGGAUUUAGUAAGAGAAGUGGCUCCAAGUGAAAAUUUUAUUUGUAGAAACAUGAAUUUAAAUGAUGGACGCGAGUGUGAUGUUGAUAAUUUGGUGGAGGAUGACAAACGGAGAGCUGUUGGAGUUGCAGGGUUGGACCAAGUGUUGAUAUCCAAAGAGUUUGACAACAUUACUCGACUGACUAAUUCAGUUCAGCAACUUCGGGAGAAAGAAUUUGAGAUCAAUGGAAAUAUUUCGAAAAUAAUAAAUAAAGUAAAAGUUCGCUGGUUGAGUAGAUUCCGUUCCUUGACACUCAUGAUGAGUGGGAAUGGGAGAGCUGAUAAUCCUAGAUCCAAUUGCCCUAGUCGAGUUCAGGGGACCAAGGUUCAGAGAGUUAGAGUUCGGCAUAAACGGAAAAUGUUGAAAGAACUCUCUGCACUUGUCACUGGACAAGAUAUCAAGGCUCAUGAAGGGUCAAUCCUUACUAUAAAAUUUAGUCUCGACGGACAAUACCUGGCUAGUGCUGGUGAAGAUAAAAUUGUGCGAAUUUGGCAAGUGGUGGAAGAUGACAGAUCAAGCGAUACUGAUAUUCCAGAUGUAGAUCAAUCUUGCAUUUACUUCUCGGUGAACCAUCUUUCUGAAUUGGAACCUCUCAUGAAGGAAGAAUAUAAAACCAACAAAUUGAAGAGUUUAAGGAAACCAAAAGACUCGGCAUGUAUCAUCUUUCCUCCAAAGGUUUUCCGGAUUUUGGAGAAGCCAUUGCACAUAUUUGUAGGUCACACUGGAGACAUUGUGGAUCUUUCUUGGUCGAAAACUAAUUGUCUGCUUUCUUCAUCAAUUGAUAAAACUGUUCGUUUGUGGCGGGUUGGAUAUGAGCAGUGUCUCAAGGUCUUUCUGCAUAGUGAUUAUGUAACCUGCGUUCAAUUUAACCCUGUGAAUGAUGAUUACUUCAUCAGUGGUUCAAUUGAUGGAAAAGUUCGGAUUUGGACAAUCAGCGGUUAUCAAGUUAUCAACUGGACUGAAAUAAGAGACAUAGUUACUGCUGUUUCUUAUAGGCCUGAUGGGCAGGGUGGUAUUAUUGGCUCUAUCACAGGCAUGUGUCGCUUUUUUAGUAUAUCAGGUAAUCACUUCCAAUUGGAAGAGCAGAUGUGCUUGACCAGUAAAAAGAAAUCGGCAAGCAAAAGGAUAACUGGAUUUCAGUUUGUCCCACAAGACUGGAGCAAAGUGUUGGUCACAUGUGCUGAUUCACAAAUCAGAAUUCUUAGCGGGAUGAAUGUGAUUGGGAGAUACAAAGGCCUAGGCGGUGCUGGGAACCAGAUUUCUGCUUCAUUCACCUCAAGUGGAAAGCACAUUAUCUCGCUGGCCGAGGAUUCUAAUGUUUACAUCUGGAACUAUAAUCAGGAAUCAUGUUCUGCUUCGCAACCCAUUAGAUCAUUCGAGUGUUUCUCGUCUGACGCCUCUGUGGCAAUACCUUGGUCUGGCUUAAAGAUAGGGAACUUGGAGGACAGAUUCAAAUCGAGCAAACUCGAGGAGAGUUUAACUAAGUUAUCAACUCAUUUCUCUUUGGGCCAAGAUUUUAUCUUGGACUCCAGCCCCAAGGGAUCUGCAACUUGGCCUGAGGAAAAGCUACCCACGUCUAGUCUCCGUACUGGGCUGUAUCAAAUGUGUAAAUCUCAAUACAAACUUUUCAAGACUUCUUGCCAGAGUUCAUCCACUUCGCAUGCCUGGGGUCUAGUGAUUGUUACUGCAGGAAGGGAUGGACGGAUUAGAUCGUUCUACAAUUAUGGUUUACCGACCCCCCAUUAAUAUGAGUGCAGGAUCACUGCAGAAAUCGGAUAUGAUCUAUUUUUAUGGUCCUCUGUUUAUCUAUCAAUUUGGUCAAGUGCAGCAAGUUCAUUGCACAGAAAGUUGAUUUUAAAGGGUUAAAUUUGUUUACCCGACCCAAAACCAUCAACAUUGCUGUAUCAACGUGGAGGACUAGUCAUCCAGUGUCCAAGUUGAGUCGAUGAAGUUUGUAAUCCAGCAGCUGAUUAAAAACUAAGAAAAGAAAUGGAUUUACACGCGAAGAGCGGCCAAUACGAGAUGCAUUUCUGUAUUAUGCAGCUUUAUGAAGGGUCCCAUGUAUCUUUGUAUAACAUCUUUCACUUGGUUAUCAGUCAUCACAGUGGAACAGAGGAGUGCCCGGCCAGUGGCCCCAAUUUAUUUUGAGGAAAAUGGUGGAGAACGUUUUCUCGUGGCAUGUUGGCUGGUCUGAUUGAUUUUUUGUCUGACCUUUGUAGCAUGUUUGGCUGAGCUUAUAAGGUUACUUGUUUGAAAAUAAAUUUUUCUUUAUCGAAGUUGAAAAAAAGUAUAGACAGUAAAGUAAGAGAAGCAACUUUGAGUAUGUUUGGCUCAUGUUUAUAAGAAUACCCGAUUUACUUUUUA